AAGCCUGCCAUAGCGCCACCAGUGUUUCUGUUCCAAAAAGAGAAAGCACAAAAGGUAAGCCAGAUGGUAUUCUAUUCUUUCGAUCCCCUCACAUUCAUGGAAAUCAAUGGGCCUUCUUCAUGGAAAUUCACUGUAAAGCUUCAUAAUUUGACUCCGUUGUUUCUAGUCUGAGAAACACAGUUGACCUAGUGCUGCUCUCUAUUACAGCGAUCAGCAGAUGGAUCGAGUGCAGAAGAUGGAGAAGGUAGGCUAAACUUACAUCUGAUCUGACUAUCAGCCUAUUUCAUCAUAUGAUUUCCAUCUAAUCUUAUAAUGUCCUUAAUAAUAUUGUAGUUAAUUUACCAGGGAUCAAAUUAUACUGCAUAGUAGGGCAGACCCCAUUUAGUCCACUGGUCGAUAGGCUGUUGAUCGACCUAGAUUGUUUUAGCCGAGCAGUCGCAAAUAGAUUUUUUUUUUUUUUCAUGGCACACAAGACACCUGUCUGAUUCACACCUGUCUCAGUGGACUAAUCCAUUGCGGAGGCCGCGGGGAUGCCAUGGUCCAAGAAGGGGAGUGUGACUAAGAUGCACAAGGCACGUCUCUCUCCAGAAUGCGCUCUCUCCCACCAUUUCGUGCGCAUUCAUUGUUUCAUAACUUCAUUGUGUGAAUUGUUUGCCUUUUGAUUGUUAGUGUCUAUCAAUUCCCCAUUACAUAUAUCACCAGUAGUACUGUUAAUUCCCAUAAUUUCUCAUUUACAAUGCUUGUUUGGUUAUGGUUAUUUCUGUUAAUGCAUUCAAUAUAUUAUUAUUAUUAUUAUUAUUAUUAUUAUUAUUAUAGUCUCAUUGUUGGAGUGGACACAUUGUUUGCAAAGCUCAAAAUCUAUGCUACACUUGUGAGAAACAAGUUUUGAUUUAUUUCAAAAUAAACCAAAACUUGAUUACUUCUUAUCCAUUGCACAAAUAGCCUACAGCUGUGUCUGUCCCGAGCUCACUGGAGCAGGAAACUCUGAGGGCGCAGAAUAUUGUAUACAAUUUUGCAAGUUUGCUAGUGCGAGCUUCGGGCCGGACCCAGUUGAUACAAUGUUUCAAGUUCAUUGCUAACAGGCCAUGCGUAUCCAAUGUGAUUUAUAGGAUAUUCAUUUUUAUCAGGAUAUUUUCUACCUGCAAGCUGCAGUGUUUUUAUUUGUUGACUUUAUGAAGGCUAUUUGUACGUAGUUGGCAAUGGCAAUAGAAGUUACUUUUAGAUUUGUAUCAUGUCAUUAAAUCAAAUCAAAAUGUAUACAACAGGUGUAGACAUUACAGUCAAAUGCUUACUUACAAGCCCAUAACCAACAAUGCAGUUUAAGAAAAAAAUAGCAAAUAGUCCGGGUAGCCAUGAUUAGCUGUUCAGGAGUCUUAUGGCUUGGGGGUAGAAGCUGUUAAGAAGCCUUUUGGACCUAGACUUGGCGCUCACCGCUUGCCGUGCGGUAGCAGAGAGAACAGUCUGACUAGGGUGGCUGGAGUCUUUGAUAAUUUUUAGGGCCUUCCCUUGACACCGCCUGGUAUAGAGGUCCUGGAUGGCAGGAGGCUUGGCCACAGUGAUGUACUGGGCCGUACGCACUACCCUCUGUAGUGCCUUGCGGUUGGAGGUCGAGCAGUAGCCAUACCAGGCGGUGAUGCAACCAGUCAGGAUGCUCUCGAUGGUGCAGCUGUAUAACUUUUUGAGGAUCUGAGUACCCAUGCCAAAUCUUUUCAGUCUCCUGAGGGGGAAUAGGCUUUGUCGUGCCCUCUUCACAACUGUCUUGGUGUGUUUGGAGCAUGAUAGUUCGUUGGUGAUGUGGACACCAAGGAACUUGAAGCUCUCAACCUGUUCCACUACAGCCCCGUCGAUGAGAAUGGGGGCGUGCUCAGUCCUCUUUUUUUCCCCUGUAGUCCACAAUCAUCUCCUUUGUCUUGAGCACGUUGAGGGAGAGGUUGUUGAUUUAGAUAAAAUGUUGAUUAACCAUAUGACAAUGAUUUUGAAAUACAAACAUUUUAUUAUAAAUUAAAUGAAACAGUUCCACAAAAAUGUGCAUAUGAAAAUCAUAACUGACACGCAGAUCGGUAGAAAUGGUAAGAUAAAUUGGCACUCCCAAUGGGAAAGUUUGCUGACCCAUGGUGUAGCCUAUUACCAGCAACUUCAGGAGAAGCAGCAGGAGGAGGGGGGUCAGGAACAGGUUUUUUUCUUCUGGUUAGGCCAUCUUGAUCUCUGGCUCCCUCCUGAUUAAUUUGUCUUAAUUAUUUAAUCAAACGGUGUGCUUAAAGCCAAAGAACACCAUCCCAACUGUGUAGCACGGGGGUGGCAGCAUCAUGCUGUGGGGGUGCUUUGCUGCAGGAGGGACAACAAAGUCAAGGUAUUGGAGUGGCCAUCACAAAGCCCUGACCUCAAUCCUAUAGAAAAUUUGUGGGCAGAACUUAAAAAGCGUGUGCGAGGAAGGAGGCCUACUAACCUAACUCAGUUACACCUGCUCUGUCAGGAGGAAUGGGGCAAAAUUCACCCAACUUAUUGUGGGAAGCUUGUGGAAGGCUACCCUAUACGUUUGACCCAAGUUAAACAAUUUAAAGGCAAUGCUACCAAAUACUAAUUUAGUGUAUGUAAACUUCUGACCCACUGGGAAUGUGAUGAAAGAAAUAAAAGCUGAAAUAAAUAAUUCUCUACUAUUAUUCUGACAUUUCACAUUCUUAAAAUAAAGUGGUGAUCCUAACUGACCUAAGACAGGGAAUUUUUACUAGGAUUAAAUGUCAGGAAUUGUGAAAAACUGAGUUUUAAAUGUAUUUGGCUAAGGUGUAUGUAAACUUCCGACUUCAACUAUAUAUGGAAAAAUACACGUUUAAAAAUGUCAGCCAAUCGAUUAGUCGAAAGAACAGACUCAGUCGACCAGUAGGACAGCCCUGCUGCAUAUCUAAGAGCCCAGCUAGAGCAUUUUAGUGGGAUUUUUGAACGGAAGACUAAAAUAGGACAAUUUGCUAAUUUCCAGGUUCAGACAAAGACGAUGGUGGCUACUGUCCUCCAGUGAAAAGAGAGAGGACUUCAUCUUUAACACAGUUCCCACCUUCACAUUCUGGUAAUGAAACACAUUAGAGAAGUCUUUCCCUGCUGACUGUAUUUUCCUUUAUUUUUCCUUUAUUUUUGGAAAAUAAUAUAAUAUUGUCUAGAUUUGGUCUUGUGUGUAAUGCAGUCUCUCUCCUGCUCUCUGCAGGGUCUAGUAAGAACAAUGUCUUCAUGCCCUCAAGUUUCUGCCAGUCUCCAACUGGGAAUUCAGAGGACUCAGAGCCAGGUGAGACUUGUCUACUUCUUCUAGUAACUCCUCAUCAUAAAGGCUUACUCAUGAAGUCUCCAGUGGUUGACUUGUAUGUAAGAUGGAUUGUAUGCUUGUAAACUGUAGUCCAGCCGUGUUUAUUUAAUGUGUUUAUUUAAUGAUAAUAUGUAGUGAGGAUACAAAAAUACUAGUGACAGCUGCCAUUAGUGAUUGAUCUUUUUAACAAUUCUACCUGUUCUGUUUUUUCUUCCUCUCGCCAGAAGAGAAGCCUGUAGGGUUUCGUUUAAAACCACCAACUCUCAUCCACGGCCAGGCACCUAGUUCAGGUGGGUAUUGAUGCCUGUGUAUGUGUGGUUCAGUGGAGGCUGGUGGGAGGAGCUAUAGGUGGACGGCCUCAUUGUAAUGGCUGAAAUGGAAUAAAUGGAACUGAGUCAAACGUGGUUUCCAUAUAUUUGAUACCGCUCCAUGUAUUCCAUUCCAGCCAUUACAAUGAGCCCAUCCUCCUAUAGCUCCUCCCACCAGCCUCCACUGGUGUGGUCUGGUAUGUGGUGUGCUGACCUGACUAGAAGGAGAAAAACUGGGGCCUUGUUAUAGCCCAUGAUUAGGCCCCAGAAGUUUUCAGGAAAAACUCCUUGCCCUUGUAAAUUAUAAACGUAGAUGGCAGUACAGCAUGUUAAUAUGGAUGGACGUGCAUGGUGGUAGUUCUGAUAUAGUACAUGGUGGUGCAUGAUAGUUGUGAUAUAGUGCUGAUAUAGUACAUGGUGGUGCAUGAUAGUUGUGAUAUAGUGCUUAUAUAGUACAUGAUGGUGCAUGAUAGUUGUGAUAUAGUACAUGGUAGUUGUGACAUAGUGUUGAUAUAGUACAUGGUGGUGUGUGGUAGUUCUGAUAUAGUACAUGGUGGUGCAUGUUAGUUGUGAUAUAGUGCUGAUAUAGUACAUGGUGGUGCAUGGUAGUUGUGACAUAGUGUUGAUAUAGUACAUGGUGGUGCAUGAUAGUUGUAAUAUAGUAAAUGGUGGUUGUGAUAUAGUACAUGGUGGUGCAUGGUAGUUGUGACAUAGUGUUGAUAUAGUACAUGGUGGUGCAUGAUAGUUGUAAUAUAGUAAAUGGUGGUGCAUGGUAGUUGUGAUAUGGUACAUGGCAUGGUGGUGCAUGAUGUAGUAUAGUACAUGGUUGUGCAUGGGGUAGUUCUGUAAGGCAUUCAGAUCCAAUCCAUUAGCAGAUUGUGUUCCAGGCGUCCCCAGUCAGAAACCCAAGGAGCAGCAGCGCAGUGUGCUCCGGCCAGCCUUGCUCCAGGCCCCACCAGCCAAGACCAACUCAGAGUCCACUAACGGGGUGAAGAAGUCGUCCGACGGAUCAUCAGAAGGGUCGACCCUCUUCCAGAACAACACUGAGCACUCAGACGGCCUCGCUAAGUCACCGGUGAGGACUACAUGGCGUCACUUGAGAUUUGAUUAGCUUGUAAUUGCAUAGACCUACUUUUUGGAAAUCAUUUAGGCCAUCAUAUUACUGUCAGAAUACUGCAGUUGUUGUUUAUUUUCGGUUGCCCAAUUAUUUAUUUAUUUAUUUAUAUAAUAUGCCAUUUAGCUGACGCUUUUAUCCAAAGCGACUUACAGUCAUGUGUGCAUACAUUUUUACGUAUGGGUGGUCCCGGGGAUCGAACCCACUACCCUGGCGUUACAAGCGCCAUGCUCUACCAAUUGAGCUACAGAGGACCACAUAUAAAUGAAAGCUGAAUUCUCCAAACCCAUCAUGAUGACUGACUGCUGUAUCUUGUCUCCUGUAGAAACAUGAAAGGGAGGAUGGAGCGAGCAGAGAGAAGAACGAUUGUUCUGCAGAGUCCUCUUUCGUGUUUGGGCAAAAUAUCAAAGACAGAGCAAAGGUGGUUAUUUCCCCUUUAAAUUAUCACUUCGAAUUGUUCAAGGGUGAUGUUUAAAUAUCCAAUUUAUUUAAAAAAUAUAUAUAUUCUGACGUUUCUUGCGAACGGUUCUCUUUCUCUCUCUGUCCGCCUCUCUCUCUCUUUCUAGUUGGAAGAGAAUACUAAAGAUGGCAAGUUGUUACCCAUGGAUUCUCAGGAGGGAACAAACUAUUUCUUACAGUACAUCGCCACCCCC